GCUGCUGGUUUCCGUUGGGUGUUUCUGGACUUUAGAUCUCAGCUCUUGUUUACCCGUCUCAGACCCUUCCCUGAUCUGCCUCCAGCACUGCCCUUCCUUGCCCCUCUCCACUGUCCCUGGAACUUCCUGGGCCCUUCCCUGGGCCUCAGUGUCUCACUCUCCAUCCUGUCUGCCCUUCAGGAUGCUGCAGUUGAGCCUGUCCUGGCUGGGCCUUGGGCCCGUGGCAGCAUCCCCGUGGCUGUUCCGGCUGCUGGUUGGGGGCUCCUGGAUCCUGGCCCGUGUCCUGGCCUCGACCUACACCUUCUAUGACAACUGCUGCCACCUCCAGUGUUUCCUGUGGUCCCCAAAAUGGAACUGGCCUUGGGGACACCAGGGCCUGGCCCUCAAUCAUGUCAGCUACUGUCGCACCCAACGAUAUGAUUUUCUAUGGCUUCAUGAAGACCUGGCUGGGGGUUGGGCUCCUGCUGAGUGAUGGUGACAAGUGGAGCCACCACCUUCGCAUGCUGACUCCUGCCUUCCAUUUCAACAUCCUGAUGCCUUAUAUGAAGAUUUUCAACAAGAGUGUGAACAUCAUGCAUGACAAGUGGCAGUGCCUGGCCUCGGAGAGCAGCGCCAGACUGGACAUGUUUGAGCACCUCAGCCUUAUGACCUUGGACAGUCUGCAGAAAUGCGUCUUCAGCUUUGAAAGCAAUUGUCAGGAGAAGCCCAGUGAAUAUAUUGCCGCCAUCUUGGAGCUCAGUGCACUUAUAGAAAAAAGAAACCAGCAUAUUCUCUUGCACACGGACUUCCUGUAUCAUCUCACUCCUGAUGGGCAGCGCUUCCGCAGGGCCUGCCACCUGGUACAUGACUUCACAGAUGCCGUCAUCCAGGAGCGGCACCGAACCCUCCCCACUCAGGGUAUUGAUGAUUUCCUCAAGAACAAGGCAAAGUCCAAGACUUUGGACUUCAUUGAUGUGCUUCUGCUGAGCAAGGAUGAAGACGGGAAGGAGUUGUCUGAUGAGGACAUAAGAGCAGAAGCUGACACCUUCAUGUUUGAGGGCCAUGACACCACAGCCAGUGGUCUCUCCUGGGUCCUAUACCACCUCGCAAAGCACCCAGAAUUCCAGGAACGCUGCCGGCAAGAAGCACGAGAGCUUCUGAAGGAUCGUGAGUCUAUUGAGAUUGAAUGGCAGUGCUCAUCUCAGAUGGAGGAGACCUCUUGAGCAAGAAGUUGACCAAGGCAUUGAAAAGCCCUUCAACCCAACUCAGCCUUCCAAUCUUUAGUGAAAAUGUUAUCCUAUGAAUAUUUAUGACACACCUAAAAUGUGCUAGAAUGGUGACUGCAACUUGGAUUCCACCUCUAAGAGCUUCUGGACAGAGAAGGGAGACAGACCAGUGCAUUAGUCAUUCAGAUACCGCAAGAUAAAUGCAAUGAAAAUGUUGCAGACCGCAGACUCCUGCUUACAGUCCCUUUCCCUUCUCUGAAACUCACUGAAGUGAAAAGAUCCAAAAAGGGAAUUCAUCUAGA